CGACACCGCGACAACCGGCAACCAAACUACUUUCUAGACAACCCAACGCCCACACCCCCUCACUCUCCCUUCAGCCUACUCCGAAGAGCCGUUCACGGCGCAGGUCACCAUGAGCGCCUUCCACUCAGCUAUGACAACCAUCACCCACAACAUCCCUUGGAUUCUGCGAGCCCCAGCGACGGCACUCAUCGGCGAGAAGUGCUACACGGUCCUCAUCUACGACUUCAACAUCACAGAACCCGAGUGCUUCAAGUACGCCCUCUCCAAGGGGCUCGGCUUUGGCAUUGUCGUCGGAGGCGGCAUUGUCAAGAUCCCGCAGAUCAUCAAGAUUGUCAAGACCCACUCUGCCCGCGGUCUCUCAUUAUCAGCCUACAUCCUCGAGACGGCGUCGUACGAAAUCUCGCUCGCGUACGCGACGCGCGCAGGCUUCCCGUUCUCAACGUACGGCGAGAACUUCUUCAUCACGAUCCAAAACUUCAUCAUCACGCUCAUGAUCCUCUACUACGCCGCGCCAAAGGGAGCCUCGUAUGCCGGCCUCGGCGCCAACCCCUUGUCCGCGCCCACCCACUCGGUCCCUCGCCGCGUCUAUGUUGGCGCCGGCAUCAUCAUCGCCACGUGCUUGUUCCUCUGGUCGACCUCGCUAUGCCCCCAAGGCCUGUUGUCAUUCCUCCAGCUCUGCACCAUCCCCCUGGGCAUCCUGUCCAAGGCGCCUCAGAUCCUCGAGAACCACAACAACCGCUCAACAGGCAACCUGUCCGCAUUCGCCGUGUUCAGCGCACUCCUUGGAUGCCUCGCUAGGCUGUUCACCACCAAGCAGGAAGUCAAGGACCCCCUCGUCUUCUGGGGCUUUGCAGGAGCGGCCCUGUUGAACCUCGUCCUCGCGCUUCAGAUGAUCGUCUACUGGAAGGCAUCAGACGAGCCCUCUCUCGCCAGCCGCAAGAUCCCUGCCGCCAUCCGUGCCGACAGUCCCAUCAGAACGGAGAAGGUGGCAUCGACUGACGGCUGGGCUCGCAAGCAGGAUUAG